CCAGCCACUGCUACUCAGCUGCUUGGGCCCUCUGAAGCCAAAUUCAGCCUUCUUGAGGUGUUGUGACUGUGAACCUGAACCCGGAAGCCCUCUCUCCAUGUUCUCUAGCAAAUUUGGGCUUCUUGGGCUACUUCUUAUGAGGAACCCACCACAGACCUCUCUGCAGUAUGGAAAACGGCCAAGCUCUGCUCCAGGAAGUGAAAAUGUGGUGCCUCGAGAGCCGCUGAUUGCCACAGCAGUGAAGUUUCUACAGAAUUCUCGGGUCCGCCAGAGCCCACUUGCAACCAGGAGAGCGUUCCUUAAGAAGAAAGGGCUGACAGAUGAAGAGAUCGAUUUGGCUUUCCAGCAGUCAGGCACGGCUGCCGAUGAGCCUGUGUCCUUGGGCCCAGCCACACAGGUGGUUCCUGUCCAGCCCCCUCACCUCAUUUCGCAGCCAUACAGCCCUGCGGGCUCCCGGUGGAGAGACUACAGCGCCUUGGCCAUCAUCAUGGCAGGGAUCGCGUUCGGCUUUCACCAGCUCUACAAGAAGUACCUGCUCCCCCUCAUCAUGGGCGGCCGGGAGGACCGGAAGCAGCUGGAGCGGAUGGAGGCAAGUCUGUCGGAGCUGAGUGGCAGCGUGGCCCAGACAGUGACUCAGUUACAGAUGACCCUUGCCUCAGUCCAGGAGCUGCUGAUUCAGCAGCAGCAGAAAGUCCAGGAGCUGGCCCAUGAACUGGCCACAGCCAAGGCCACCACGUCCACCAACUGGAUCCUGGAGUCCCAGAACAUCAGUGAACUCAAGUCGGAAAUUAACUCCUUGAAGGGGCUUCUUUUGAAUCGGAGGCAGUUCCCACCCUCCCCGUCGGCCCCGAAGAUCCCCUCCUGGCAGAUCCCGGUCAAGUCGCCCUCGCCCUCCAGCCCCGCGGCGGUGAACCACCAUAGCAGCAGCGACAUCUCGCCCGUCAGCAACGAGUCCACGUCAUCCUCGCCCGUGAAGGAAGGCCACAGCCCCGAGGGCUCCACGGCCACGUACCACCUGCUGGGCCCCCAGGAGGAGGGCGAGGGGGUGGUAGACGUCAAGGGCCAGGUGAGGAUGGAGGUGCAGGGCGAGGAGGAGAAGAGGGAAGACGAGGAAGACGAGGAGGACGAGGACGUGAGCCACGUGGACGAGGAGGACUGCCUGGGGGUGCAGAGGGAGGACCGCCGGGGUGGGGACGGGCAGAUCAACGAGCAGGUGGAGAAGCUGCGGCGGCCGGAGGGUGCCAGCAACGAGAGCGAGCGGGACUAGGCGGCCUGGGGGGCGGGGCCCGGGGUGGGGCGGGGCCUUGAAGCGGGCGGGGCCUGGGCGACUGAGGGCGGAGCCUGGCCACCCACCCCGCCCCGGACAGACAGGCCUCUGACCUUGAUCUCAUUCAGGUCGAGGGCUCUGAACUCUCUGGGCUCAAGCCCCUCAGCCCCCUCCCGGACAGAGGUCCGGUCCAGGGGCGUCAGCUGAGCAUCGUAGCCAACCUAACACCGUGCAUGACAAGAGGUAGUUUUAUUACCUGACUCCUGACCCUCACAGAGGGGGAGCCAGGGGACCCGGCGUCUGCCGGCCCCUCCCUGUGCCCCGGCCCCCUCACUGCUUCUCACCAGUGGCCACGGGGGCCACACUGUCGUGAUUCCAAAAGCGAUGGCCCUACUCUCCCCUCCGAGCGAGGGUCCCCCGGUCCCCCAUCCAGGCCCUGCCCGGACAAUGCUGCCCAUGUGUACUUGUCGCAGCCCCAGCCCGGUCGCCCGCCACACGUGACAGCGCACUGCUCCUGACCGCUGGCUUGCCGCAUGGUGGCUCCGCUACCGCUCUGGGGAGGUGUCCCACCCCACCAGCAGCCAGGCCCAGGGCCCUCCUGUCUGUCCCCCGCCCCACCCCCAAACGUGUUCUUUUGUGUGAUCAGGUAUUGGUAUCAGAAUAUAAGAUCCGACUGUAUAUAAUUGUAAUAAAUAUGAGCUGCCACUAUUUAAUUCCUGCCUGUGGCUCCCUGUCUGCUCACGGCACCCCAGGCCUGGGGGUGGAUCUCGGUCAAGGCCGCACCAGGUGGGUCCCAGGGAGGGGACGUGGGGUCAGGCCCAGGUAGCCCUGUGGUGGGCCUGCCUCCCUCGUCCAGUCUCCCCCACCAGUCAGGUGUCGCCACUGCUCACCCACAGUUGGAGGGUGUCGUCCUGGGUCCGGAGUGGCUGCUGCAGGGCGACAUUCCGCCCCAGGAGGAGAAGGGACCUCACGUUACUGUAUAUAGACCUGGUGUGGAGUGUGAUGAGCUCGCCUUCCUUAAAUGGAUGCGUGUGCUCCCAGGAGAGAGUGUCUCGUUCCCUCUUCCUCCCCCGUCUCCACUCCCUCUCACCCUCCCUGUCUCCCUUUAACCUUCACACAGCCUUUAGCUAAACCCAGGAAAACAGCACUAGAUGCUCCUUCCGGGGAGUGCCCGGGGCUGUGGCCGUUGGUGCAGGGGUCAGAAGGCCUGGUCCCACCCUGGGCCUCGUGUAGACACAGGCUUUGGAGACAGAGUGCAGGGACCAUGGAGGUGGAGCUGCAGCGGGUAUGUACCCUCUGGGGAGUGGGGGGCCCGAGGCCUCCUGACCCACUGCUGGCCUCCCACCCACCCAGCUCUGGGGAGGGAGGAAGCCACAGGCCGAGGGUGAGACACUUGGCAGGCGGGUGUUUUGUCUCAGAAAACAUUUCCACUCUCACCCAGGCCCCUUUUUCGGCUCCUGCAGCGAGCUCCUUCCUAACUCUCCAGCGGGGGCCCUCACCCUGCCCCUCUUGAGUGUCCAGCCCGCUCCCUGGUUUCCCAGGUUUGGUUUUUGAUGCUUAUCACCUCACAUGGUGUUCCAGCUUAUGCUCCCCAGGGACCCUCUUCUGAGUUACCUCUGUCUCUUGGCACCCCAACAGAAGCCAGGGUUCUCCAUCCCCAGGGCUCCCUGCCUCAUCUGGAUACAGGACCCAGUUUUUGGGAGUCAUGCAGGCAGACCUGAGAUGGCAAGCAGAGAAGGAGCUGCCCGCUGGGUCGGAAGCACCCCUCGGCCUCGGGGGCUAGAGACGGGGUUCCCCCAUGACCUCCUCGGAGAAUGGAAGCCUGAGUCCUGCGUGAGCCAUCUUGAGGGCUCCCCCUCUGCUUGGUGACAUUUCUCAUGGCCUCUCACUUUGCAGAGGUCUCUCCUGCAGUGGGACCAGGCAGGGGGACAGAGGGCAGACAGCCUGGGACAGAGACGCAGCCAGAGCUGCUGGUGUGGGGGCCGCAGGGCAUCACGGAGCACAUCUUCCCCAACCUGGGGGGUCAGGGGUCUCUCGGGUCCCCAAACUCACUGUGGGAGAGAGGGACAGAAACCUGGGCCUGGGGGACCUUUGCCCUGUGGGUCUCGAGCGACGAUUUCAGCUUUUGAGGACAGAGAAUCUGGCGUGAUUUCAGGGAGAAAAAAAACCCCUCCCCAAAACGGCGUGAGUGCUGCCUAAUAAAGGCAGCUGCUGGACGGAGGGAAAACAGCCCUUUAAAAAAAAAAGCCUUUCAUUAGAAAAAUAAUGCAUUUCAUCCAAAUAAGGUAAAAAUAUUUGGAAUGGGGCAGAAGUGAGCAGCAGGCAGCGCCUGUCAGGCCCUUUCUGGAAGGGAGAAGAUUAUUAAACUCAAUUACAAAGUAUUUUUGUAAAGUGUCUUUUAAGAGAGAACUCACCCCGGUGCUCAGAGGCUGCAGGACGGCCCUCUGGCCCCCGAGGUCUCGCCAGCUGCCCCAGGUGUUCAUGGGCUCUGCCUUGGGCAGGGUCCUCCCUUAGGCAGCCCCCGCUCCCCUGCUCCUUGCGAUGCCCCCAGAACAGGCGAGGCAGCCACUUCUGCCCUGUCUGCCCUGGCCAGUCGGCUUCCUCCUGCGAGGGCUGAGCCGUUGGUGUCCUGGGACACCCUGGCGGGGAAGGGAAGCGUUCUGAGCGAGGGGAGAGGGAUGCCGAGCUUGUAAAAUGUUCUCUUUUUCUUACUGUGGAGGUUCAUGUCAGCUGUUCAAACAGUCCAGCCCGUAUUGAAGGACUGGAGGGGACAAAACCCCUCUUGGUCUCUCCGCUUGGUUUCACAGGUGUGUGGUUGUAGUCCGUCUCUCUUCGUCUGUCUUUUUUAAUAAAAACGGGAAGUUGCUCUUCAGUGUUGUGUGGCUUGCUUGUCUCCCUGAAAGUAAAGCGUGUGUGCCCACGGGGCGCACAUCAGUUGGGAGGAGAGGGCUUCUCUGGAAGGCAUCUCCCUGAGGACCCAGCCAGGACUUAGGUGCUGCUUCUCAGGCUUUGGCCUAGAACCUGCCUCUCCUCUGGUGAGCCCUGCCUCAGACCCAGCCCUGCCCCACCCCACGCCUGCCGCAGACCAAGACCCAGGGCAGCAGACUGGCCUGACACCUGAUCCUCAGGAGUGUACUUAACCCUUAGUGUUUCUUCACCUGUUUGUUUACAGUUGUUUCUGCCAAGGCUCCCAAAGAAGAGGGUCAGCGUCUCCAGAUAGCAGGCAGGAAGGCGCCAGGGAGACCCUGAAGGUGGUGGUGGCUCCAGCCUCAGGUGAAGCGCUCACCUGGGCGUAGACCCAGUCCUGACUGACCCCUCCCUGCCCCAGACACCUCUCUGGUCCCUGCUUCCUGCACAGGUGUGUCCCAUCUCGGGAUCGGUCACCCCCUGCUAAGGUAAGACAUCUCCAGGGUGCCUGAGGUGAUGGUGCGUGACCACCACCUUCUCCCCCGAGAGCUGGCCCAGCCCCUCCCCAAGCCACGCCCUCCCUCUGGUUCCGCUCUAAUCCAGAAGUGGAGUUUAAAUCUCUAGCCGUGUUGUGCUUUUUCCCUGAGUGGUGAACAAACCUGACCAGUUUACUUUCGUCAAGCACUUUAAGGCUCUUGCUGUCCUAGCAGAGGAGGUGAGAUUUUAUCAUUUCAUAAGGAGGCUGCCUGAAGCCUUCCCUGGCCUGACACGUCUGGGAGGACCUUCUUCAUAAUGAUGAGGCCAUGUUUAAAACUCAUCUUGGAAACUCAGGUGCCCCGCGCUCCCAUCCUAGCCCAGUAGGUCCGGGAGGCUGUUUUCAGGUCAUUAGUUCCAGGGUGCCCUGUAGACACAGUGUGCAGCAGCCAGGCAUCAGGGAGGCUCUCUGGGCAGGGCUGAGGGGCUGGGGGUCUUCUGAGGGGGAAAAGGCCUUGGACUUUCUAAGGCCCCAGUGUUUCCCCCAAGUGGCAUGGGUGAGGGGCUCACAGGAGAAGCUGCUGGGUUUGGGCCUAUGCUGGCUGUGUGCCCCUGGGAGGCACGUCCUGUCCACCCCCUAAGGUGGGGCGGCUCCUCCUGUGAGGGUGGCACAGGCCCGGCCCCUGUUCAUUCCCCAGGAAGCCAGCUGGUCCGAGGGGACCUGCUUCCUGGAGGCCUUCCUGGGGGCGACAGCACUUCACUACCCCUGUGUGCUGGCCGGGACCAAGGCUCCCCAGGGGCCAAAGCCACCUCUCAUGAAGGUGAACGGGAUAACAGGCUGUCUUGGCCCAGGGUCCAGAUGGGCUGAGGCCCAGUUGCCCGUGAAUGCCAAGGCCCGACUCCAUGGGUGACUCAGCCGUUGGUAGCACCCAACCAGGGCCGGGUCUGUGGGAGGUGGGCAGGCCACUGAGCUCAGCAUGAGCCUGAGCAGCUGGUUCUGGCCCUUUCCAAGAGGUUACAAAACUCUUGAAUUUGCCCCAGUUUGGGUGUAGGAGCAUCACACCACCACAGCUAAUUAAACCCCAGAAUGAAGACAUGUUUUACUGCAAUUCCUACUGAGUCCAACAAGCCAUAGGGAGUACUGCGGGACCCAGGCCCACCCUGCACCCUGGGGCGGGGCGACGCCCCCGCCCCGCCGCCAACCACGCCUCCGCAUUGCAGGCCCCUCCCUCCUGGGGGCGCGUCACCUGGUCUCAGGGGGCGGUGCCUGGGGCUCAGGGCUGUGGGCUGACCUGGGUGCAGGUUCCUCCUGUGUCCCAGGUCCCUGUCUCCCUGAGACUCUUCUGAGGGGUGCCCUGAGGCCCAGCCUACCCUUCCCUGGGCCCUGUCUUGUCCUGAGUGGAGCUUAAAAGCUAGUCCUGCCCUCAGCUAGGCUGAGCCUUCUCUUUACCCAUGUUUGGGUCUCCCAAGGUCCAUCCGGCCCCAGGAGAUCUGGGGGCAGCUGCAGAAGGGGCAGUUUUUGGGGUCUAUCCUGAGUCCUAGCCUUCCCCCCACCCUCCACCUGGAGUUGGAGCCUCUGUGGGCCCUGCCCCUGCGGCAGUGCCCAAAUGGAGCCCUGUGGUCACAGCACCCACCCACCCGGCUGAGGGCUGAGGUCGGAGCCUGGCUCCCUGCCUCCCCUCAGGCCCCACGGGAGGGCUGCUCGGCCCACCAGGGCCUGUGAAGCUCCAGUAAUGGUUUUAAUUUGUUGAACUUGUGUUUUAGCCCAUAAAUUAGUCACUGUUUUAUUUAACAGAAUCGAGAUAUCCACAAACAAUAGGCGAGUUCCAACUUGAACAUUUUAAUAAGACAGAAAAAAGUAUAUAUUUUCAUGUCUAUUACAAACAUAUUUAUGUAAAUAGCCUGUGGGCUGGGUUCCAGGAGGAGAGAAGAAAGGGAAGGGCCCUCUGUGCUGGGGCUGGGUUAGAGAAGAGGCUUUCACAGUGGAAUAGUGACCAUGUUGAGUGGGGCGCUGGGAGCGGUGCAGCCCCCUUGCCUGUGCCCCCUGCGGUCCCCCUUGCCCGCAGCCCCUGUGGUCCUGGGUGGGGAGGUGACACCUGGCUGAGGUGUCACCUUCAGCCCCUCCAUCGCUCCCAGGAAAGGGGCGACCUCCUUGCAAGGAUGUGACAUCGAGUGAGAGGCUCUACCUUUGAAGGCUGAGGAGCCUGGAGGCCCAGCACACGUCACAUCUCCUUCCCCAGGCCCUGAACGCCCAGCCACCUGGAAGGAGGUGAACUCAGGGCAGGGCUGGCAAGAUGGUGCAGAGGAGGAGGUUUACUGAGACGCAGGCCACCACCUACAAGUGUCAGGGCUAAGGAGGAGGCCUGCUCUGGGCAGGGCCUGACUGGUGUGCUCGCGCCACCCAUGCUUCUGAGGGAGCCCCAGCCAUGGUGCCACCGGAGCUGGCAACUCGGGCCUGGGGCUGGUGGCUACAGACUCAGGCAUCGGCCCCCUCCGGCUCUGCCCCCGUGUGCUCCUGGCAGGAGCCGAGCCAGCAUCCGGAUCGGAUCCGGGUACGCGCUGUUCCCAGCCCGGGCAGGUCCCUGCAGGAAGGAGGAAGGAGCUGAGGGAGGAGGCACAGGGAGGACCCUGCCAAGCGCCUGCCCAGUAGCCCUGGCUGCUUGGGGAGAGGGCUGGCCAGGGUGGGGGCCUCGGAGCCCCUGGCGCCAUGCUGGAGGCCUGAGGCGUCUAGGCCAGGUAGCUUCUGAGCCUCCAUGGGGCCUUCAGGCAGGGCUGGGCCCAAGCCCCCCACUGUCUGUUCCCAGCCACCCGGGAGCACUUGGCCCCAUCCCAGAGGUGAAACUGGGCUGCCCCCUUCCCUCCCAGAGUUGAAGGGUGACAGACACCCUCCCCUCCCUUGGCACAGGGAGCCCAGGCCUCCAUGGAGGCUGUGCCGCGCUGCACAGCUGGGUCACUGCCAGCCGCUUGGGGCUGAUUUCAAAAAUAAAAGAUAACUUGAUAGAUUUUUUUUUCCAGUUUUUAUUGAGUGAAAAUGUCAAACCUUGCAUCAGUCAUGCAAAAAAAAAAAUCAAAUAAAUAAAACACAUAUAUUAAAUUUCUAAUAGCACUAAAUUCAAGUGGAAAAAUAUUCAGUUCUUAAUAACCAGGUGCCGAGGAGACCAGAUUCAAGUAAUCAGAGCACACGCUGUUCAGUUCGGUUUUCACGUUCUGCAUUUUCGUCUCAAAACCUCUCUAUAUAUCUCUAUAUAUCUAUAUAUGUAUAUACAUAUAGAUAUAUACACACACAUAUGUGCAUACAUAUUAUUUUAUAUUUAUAUAUAUACACAUACAUAGUUAUAAAACAUUAAAAAGAGCAUUGGUGGAUCAAGCAUUGUUUUCCCCACAGAAAGAAAAUAAAACAAAAAUUACACAUUAAAAUUCAAAAUGAGCUAGCAAUGGCUUAUAGUCCUAGUGUGCAAUAUGAAGGUUACAAAAGGCUAGACUUCGCACUGUCGGCAUCUUCUUUUUCUUUUUUUUUUUUUUGAUUUUGCUACAUUGAAAAAAAUUUUUUUUUCCUUUACAAAACUCCUUCCACAGACUCCACGGUUCUGUGGUCGGGCACAAAGUCUGGGCGAAUGCUCAGCAGCAGCACAUGAUGCCCACAGAAUUCAGGAGGCUCUGGUAGGGGCUGUUCUAGAAAACCACUUGUUUCCUGUUGAAUCAGGUACAUCCGUCUCACCACUCCCUCCUGCGCUCUCUCCAGUUCAGAUGGUCCUGGCUUUCUGGCUGUGGGCAGCCAGGAGGACAAAAAAAAAAGGGGGAAGAAAAGAAAAAAAAAAAAAAGGAAACAACUGCCCUGUCGCCCUCCAACAGCUGGGUCAGGCUUCCCCUGGAGACCCAGGGGUAGGAGGCUAUGGUGACAGCCCCCCCCAAGGCUGGACCUAGAGCUCUCCCUGUGGCCAUGUCACAGGGUCCAACUAAGAUGGGGCACGCGGCCUGACCUGGAGAGAAGGUGAACAGGAGAGGCCUUGGGCAGUGUGCCCUCGGUCCCUGUCGCCAUCAGAGCCAUCGGCUAGGUGUUUGCCUGGCAGAUGGGGGCCGGCUCUGGGGUAGGUGACCUCAUCGGUGAUGGGGGACAGGGGUGUAUUUUGCAAAGGGAACCAAAUCUGGGUGGGUUGAACCAGCAAAGAAGUAUCCCAAACAAAAUAAUAAAACAAACUGGAAGAAAAAAAAAAAAAAAAAGCCC